GCCCGCGAGGCAUAACUCGCAAGCGCAGACCAGGCGACCCCGGCGUACCGGAGUCCGGAAGCGCCCAAACGCCGCCGUCGCUGUCGCCACCGCUGCUCCGCUCGCCAUCGUCCACACAAACCGCCACUGCCCCCGCGUACGCCGAUGGAUCCAGGUGCGACGGCCGAUCCAGCCGGUUCCACCACGUCCACGCUGCGGAAGCGGCUGGCCUCUUUGGACACGUCACGAGCGGGAGACGGCUCGCGUGAGCCCGCGCCCAGGCCGAAGCGGGUGAGCAAGGCGCGGCAGGAGGAAACCUCGAUGGCGCCGGCGGAGGAGCAGGCAGAGGCGGCGGGGAGGGACGUGGAGGCGGGCGAGCCGAUGAGCCCGGCGGGGCGGCUGUUCCGGGAGACGCACUUCAACUGCUACAUCGUGGCCGUCAUCGGGCUGGGCGCGGCGGUGGACAUCGCGGCGGCGCGCGCGGGGCUGGAGGCCACCCUCGUCCGCCACCAGCGCUUCUGCAGCAUCCAGGUGGAGGAUGAUGUGAAAAAGAAAGCCAAGCCGCGGUGGGUCCGGACCACGGUGGACCUGGACAACCACAUCAUCUUUCCCAACCUGGACCCCACCGCCACGUCGGCCAACCCGGACCAGGUCGUGGAGGACUACCUGUCUUCCCUGUCCACGGAGCCCAUGGACCACUCCCGCCCGCUCUGGGAGCUCCACGUCCUCGACUUCCCUACUUCCGAGGCGACCGCCACCGUCGCCAUCCGCAUGCACCACUCCCUCGGCGAUGGCAUCUCGCUGCUGUCGCUCCUCAUCGCGUGCACCCGAAGCGCCGCGGACCCUGCGAGGCUGCCGGAGCUGCCGCCCGCGCCGCGCCGGACGGGCCCCGUGCACGCCCGGCCGCGCCCGCCGCUCUCGGCGGGCCUCGUGGCGCUCCUCGUGUGGGCGUGGUCGUACGUCGUGCUCGCGUGGCACACGCUGGUGGACGUCGUGCGCUUCGUCGCGACGGCGUGGUUCCUGCGCGACGCGCGCACGCCGUUCAUGGGCUCCGAGGGCGUCGAGUUCCACCGCAAGCGCUUCGUGCACCGCACGCUCAGCCUCGACGACGUCAAGUUCGUCAAGAAUGCCAUGAAGUGUAGUGUCAACGAUGUUCUAGUUGGAGUGACUAAUGCCGGAUUGUCGCGGUACUAUUUUCGGAAGGCCGGUGAUGCUAACAGCACGAGGAAAAAAUCACAGAAGCGCAUCUGCGUGCGAUCAGCUCUCCUUGUUAACAUUAGGAAAUCACCUGGCUUACAUGCAUUGGCAGAAAUGAUGGAUCCUAUUAAGCACAACGACGCAAAGUGGGGAAAUCUAAUUGGCUACAUCAUACUACCUUUCCUUAUAGCCAUGCACGAUGAUCCACUCGAAUACAUCCGCGAAGGGAAAAGGGCAGCGGAAAGGAAGAAGACAUCGUUCGAAGCAGUUUUCACAUACUGGAGCGGGAACCUGAUAGUCAAACUCUUUGGCAUUAAGGCAGCCGCAGCUCUCUGCUAUGGUUUGUUCACUAAUACCACCAUGUCAUUCUCAAGCAUGGUCGGACCUGCCGAGAAGGUGGAGUUCUAUGGCCAUCCUAUCGUCUACAUUGCCCCCUCUGUCUAUGGGCAUCCCCAUGCCCUGACUGUACAUUACCAAAGUUACAUGAACUCUGUCAAGCUUGUCCUCGCGGUGGAUGAUGCUCAGUUUCCAGAUUCUCAUCAGCUUUUGGAUGAUUUUGCUGAGUCUCUCAGGCUCAUCAGGCAGGCAGCUUCAACAAGAUGAUGAAAAGAGAAACAGGACCCAGAUUGUUUCGACAGAAUGUAGAUUGGUAAGAACGCACAAACAAAUGUUGAGCACGAUGAGGUACUUGAUAACCUGGUUGCCUGGUUGGUGACUCACCGGAGCUGCAGGACUCAAAUUGUGAAGUGUAAACACUAGUACCUACAGUCGAUUCUGGCGGAAUUACUACAUCAAUAAUUGUUAUGCACGAAGUAGACGUCGUCGUGCUGAGGAUGUCA